AAAACACAAGGUAAAUGAAUUAAAUUUCAUAGAAUGAUAAUAAUUUUAAGUUAGGCUAAGUAUAUUAGCUGAGGAGAUGAAGAUAUCAAAGGGUCAUUUUACUGAUGACCUCAUUUCACUAAAGGAUGCAGUAAUUAAAGAUUCCAGUAUGCUAACUUCACAGUAAGAGUGAUUGUUAUAUCUUUUAGCAAUCUUUUAUUGGUGUCUGAUUGAACCGUUAGAAUGGGAAAUACAAAUGUCAGCAAAGCACAAGUAGAGAAAUGUUUGGAAAAAGAGAAAAUAAUAGAUGCAUCGAUGGUCAGUUUAGCAUAUUCUCUGGAUUGUUGGUAUGCAUCAGCUGGUGUUUUGACAGAAUAUCUGAAAAGUCAGGAAACCCAUUCACCAGACGCUACUGCACGUUCAACAUUGGAUAAUCAACGCUUGUUCCUGGACCAGCAAAUGCUGCUUAUGACGACUGUUUUGCACAAUAAAGAUAAUGCGGCGCAAUCACUGUGUGACUUUUUGCAUUUUACCAGGGAGUCCAUUCGUUUAAUCGAAUGUACCAAUAUCAAAGACUCACCAGGCUUAACAUUAGAUAAAUAUUUGUCAAAGUCAAACGAAUUUCAGCCGGUGUUUGAAAAAGCUACUAGAGGAUUGGUAGAACAAAACAGGCAACUGAAAGAGGACAUCGAAUUUUGCAACAGAAAUGAAAGAAGUUUACGUGAAGAGAAUACUAUACUGACAGAGAAAAAUAUAGUACUUGAAGCUUUGAGUGACAAUUUACGAACAGAAAAAGAAAAACUAGAAAAACAGACUUUUGAACUAAGGGAAAAGGUGUGGACUAUAACAAAUGAAACGAAAGUCUCACAACAGCUCGUAGAAACUUUGAAAGCAGAGCUUACCAACGUAGUUGCUGACAAAAACAAGGAAAUUAAGCGUUACAUGUCAUCCGAAACUGAGAAAGACAAAAGAGUCGAAAACUUGAUUGCAGAACUUGAGCAGUCGAAGAAAGUGCGAGCUGAAUUAGAAACCAAUUUAACUGCACAACAGCAGCGACAUUCAAAGCAUAUCGAUGAGAAAGACUAUGAGAUAGAAAGACUUAAAACAGAAAUAAACAAGAAAGAAGAUGAAAGGAUACAUUUUAACACGGCAAAACUAAAACAUGACUUCCAGAAACUUACUCACGAAUUUCAAGAAAAAACAAAUACAUUGAAAUCAGCGGAACAAGAAGUGAGUAAGCUGCAACUGCAGAUACAGGAAAUGGAAUCAUUCAGAUCCCAGACAGAAAACCUUACAACAGAAAAUCAGAAAUUGAAAAAGCAGUUACAACAGGCACAGGCAGGCUUCAGUUGCGAGACUGAACGCCUUUCAACAGAAACCAAGAAGUUGGAACAGCAGUUACAUGAGACACAGAGAAACCUCAGUUCCGAGACUGAACGCCUUUCAACAGAAAACAAGAAGUUGGAACAGCAGUUACAUGAGACACAGAGAAACCUCAGUUCCGAGAUUGAACGCCUUUCAGCAGAAAACAAGAAGUUGGAACAGCAGUUACAUGAGACACAGAGAAACCUCAGUUCCGAGACUGAACGCCUUUCAAAAGAAAAGCAACUGUUACAACAGGCACAGAGAGACUUCAGUUCCGAGACUGAACGCCUUUCAACAGAAAAACAAAACAUGAAACAACAGUUAGAACAGGCACGGACAGACUUCAUAUCCGAGACUGAACGCCUUUCAACAGAAAGAGAAACAUUGAAACAGCAGUUACAAGACACACAGAGUGACUUAGAGAGUCAUAAAGAAAAAAAUAAGCUAUAUUUAAAAACAAUUAUAGAAGAAAAAGAAAAGAAGAAAUGUCUAGAAACUGAACGGGAUGAAUUUGCAAAUUUAAUACAGAGGAAAGAAAAGGACUUAGAAGAGUUGCAAAUACAGCUGUCUGCAAUAAAUCACGCCAACUCGGAACUGAAGGAAAAUAUGGAAAGUGCUGCAUCAACUAUUUCUUCAUUGAAACGCAGUAAUACCCGUCUUCUGGAAGACAAAAACAACUUAAAGCAAGAGCUUGAAAAGUUUAAGAGCAAAAGGGUAAUCCAAGUGCAAAUUUAUUACACUCGGAGAGGUGGGCUAAUUACGACUGUUGAAGAGGAGCUAAUUUGUUUGCUGAAGAGUAAAAUGGACCAAGAGGGCAAGCUUGAAUUAGAGUUCAUCAAACGAAUGAACGCGACCGACGUGAAUCCAAACAUGCCACUACUGCUUCUAUGCAUCUGUGCUUCAAGAAUCGGAACAGAUGCAGCAAAUACAAUACAAGGCCUAAAUAUAACGUCCAAAAUGUCGUUGCUGAUAUUUCAUCACAAAGAUGAGCAUGCUCUACCUAACCAAGCGAGCUAUCAAGUUUUAACCGGAAAGGAGUAUACAAUGUUAGGGGGUGUAUGCGACUUCGCUUUCUUGACAGGGAAAGGAAUUUAUACCUGCCCGAUGAAUAACGCAAGUAUUGAGAAGAUCAUAAAUUUUAUUCAUUCAGAAGGCGAAAGAAAGUUUUCUGACAGCAAGUGAAAUUUACAUUUAAGUUGGAUUUGUCAGGUUAAGAAAGCAUUCGUCAUUGAAUUGUACAGAAUCUCCAGAAUUUUCGAAUAUAAUAUAGGUAAAUCAUAGAUCGAUUCCAUUACCAUAUAAAGAAUAGCAUGUACAUGCAGAUAAGUCUGUUAUUCAUACCGUGGUUUCAGUUUUGAUCCUUUGGGAUCAUAGAGUCCAUUCUAGAGAUGUGUAACAGAGUUCCGCUUAAGCCGGUGCCAGGGGGCGUGAGAGGUGUUGCACAUUUCAUUGCCUCAAUCAAAUCGAGUCUGCUAUUAUUCUUCAUGGUUGCAUUCUAUGCUUCCACUUCAAAAGGAUCUUUCUACAGAUUUUAUUUUCCUAUAAAGACAUUUAAAAUUAUCUGUGUAGGAGGAAUAAGGAUGGAGUACGGUUUAUUUAUGUAGCCAACGGUAUUAAUUCCAAUCAUGUUUACUUUUCCAAUUACAUAUACAUGUAUAAAAGGGAUAACUGUAGAAUAACUUAAAUUAUUUCGAAAGGAAUAAAGGACUUUCAUUGGUAGUAAUAGCAGAUACGUUGUAAAAACAAAGAUGAUUCGAUGAGUGGUAUGCAGUGUUUAAAUAUUCAAAGUACAAUUGAUAAAACUGAUA